GGUGGGCCCUCUUCCCCUUGCGUUCUCCCUCCCUCACCCUCGUUCUGGCCCUGGAUUGUGCCCUCACCGUCUCCGGUGAGUAGUAGACCGACACUGCUAUGCUUGCUGGCUUGACCACCACCCAGCAGACCCUCGGUGCCGCACAGCAGUACUCGACGGGCUCUGAGUCCCAACAGUUCCCUACCGACGGCCUCAUGGGCAUGGGCUACCCCGCCAUCUCCUCCUACGGCGCCUUGCCCGUCUUCAACACGUUCGUCUCCCAGGGCCAGACCGACGCGGGCGUCUUCGGCUUCAAGCUGACCUCGUCCGGCGCCGAGCUCACCAUCGGCAGCGUUGGCCAGUCCGCUGUGUCCGGCGACUUUACCUACGCGCCCGUCACAUAGCAGGGCUACUGGCAGAUCACCGCCGACGACAUCUUCUUGGGCGGCCAACAGGGUGUCGGCCAGUUCGAUGCCAUCGCCGACAACAGCACCACGCUCAUCAUCGGAAUCCUCAACAAUUUUGCCUCGUUCUACGAGGCCAUCAGUGGCUAGGAUGUGUCGAGCACCCUCGGCGAGGGCUACUACACCACAUUCGACUUUAACAACCACGAGGUUGGCCCAAAGCGUGUGUCUUUGGUCUUACCUUCUGUGCCAGCCAAAGAGGCCUAUCACGAAAUCUUUUCUCAUGGUGUGUGCUCAUUCUUACUGCUGGCUCUAGGUCGAGUGCCCUUGUGAAUGAGCCAUACCAGCAUGAUCCGAAGCCUAAUGCACAGAACAGUGGCUGGGCACGUCUAUAUUUCGCCUUGCUUUCCGGCUCUUUCUCUCUACUUAAUGUAUGAUUCAUAUCUACUUGUGUUGUAAUUAUGAAUGCAAUACAGCAGUUUCC